AUGCCCUCCUUUCAAGAAACAACACGCCACGAUGCGUCGCCGUCCUUCUCCAAGAAUGCCGUCUUGGGAAGAACCCAGUCCCAGUGGCUGUUCACGCCGCAAGAGCUCCUGCUAACCCCCAGCAUUCUUGACGGAAUGCCGGUUGCACAAGAGCUGGCCAAUAGACAGAAGGGAGUCAAUUUCAUCACCCAGGUGGGCAUUAUGUUGAAGCUGCCUCAGCUGACCCUGGCGACGGCCUCGGUCUAUCUGCACCGCUUCUUCAUGCGUCACGCCAUGGUGCAGAACAACAAACCAGGCCUUCACCACUACUCCGUCGCGGCAACUGCCAUCUUUCUGGCUACCAAGGUGGAGGAGAAUUACCGCAAGAUGAAAGAGCUGGUGGUUGCAUGCUGUCGAGUCGCCCAGAAGUCGCCAAACCUGGUGAUAGACGACCAGAGCAAGGAAUACUGGAAAUGGCGAGACACGAUCCUGCAUAACGAAGACCUUCUGCUCGAGGCCCUGUGUUUCGAUCUGCAGCUCGAACAGCCAUACCGCCUCCUCCUCGAUUUUCUCCGUUACUACGAUGUCCAAGCAAACAAGCAGUUGCGAAAUACGUCCUGGGCCUUCUUGAACGAUUCUCUUGUCACCACCAUGUGCCUACAACUAACACCUUCCACAAUUGCCGGGAGCGCGUUAUACAUGGGAGUCAAGUUUGCAGGCAUCGCGCUCCCUGAUGACGAGAGAGGAAGACCCUGGUGGGAGCAACUGGGCCUUGACAUCCACGAGAUCCAGCGAGGUUGUAACUUGAUGGCCGAGGUCUACGAAAACCCAGCGUUACCACGUCAAGGCCAAAAAGAUGCAUACACCAAGGACGACGAUCUCGCCAUGUUCGACAGAACACGGCACCCCGCCACACCCCAAGCUGAUCAGUCGCCCACUGUGAGCGCGAGAAGCGGCAGUCAAGGGGUCAAGCGUGACAGAGAUGUAGCUGAUGACCAACAGUCUGGAGAAUGGGGUGCGAGCGUGCCUUCUGAGCGACCGGGUGGCGAUUAUCACUCGGCUCCUUCACCCAAAAGAAUGCGACGAGAUUCGACAGAGGACAACCCCAGCCACUCGCAACGAUCUUCACAACGAGUGCCGCCACAUCCGGCGGAUGGCCGGCCCCCAAACGAAUCUGCAGUUUCGGGUGACGACGUACAGAAACGGAUUGACGAGAUCAUUAACGCGUCGUCGAGCCGCGUACCGCAACCCAACCUAGUUCGACGACCUUCGGCACAACCGUCGCAACCUUCAUACCAAAGUAGCUCCUCGAGGCGCCAUUCUUCUGGGGCCUCCAAUUGGAACAACCCCCCUUCGACAUAUAGCAACGGUCAGCCAGACAAAGGUCAACCUGCUACGGAGUCGACGUCGAAUGCGAUCAAUGAUAUUGAUGAUGCAGAGAAGGUCGAUUACGGGAGUGAAGAAGGCGAGCUGUAA